GCGAGUUAGCGAACAAUCAGUUCGUUUACAGUCCUAAUCGCUUCUGCAGAUAGGAAGCAACUCAGAACCACGAGAUUUCCGAAAUCGCUUCCUCCUGAUCCGAACUCCCCUUCCCUUUGCCGCCAAAUUUCUCCAUGGCCGCAGCUACCGGACUGAAAGCAGCUACCCGUUUCUUCUUCCAUUCUCCAGGCGACUUGCUCUGUCAAAUCUGCAAUGAAUCUUCUCAACAGAGAAGAAACCCUAGGUUGAGGACGAAGCGGAGCAAGGCGGCUCACCUUUCCGUUGCCGGUGGCGAGUAUUUGGUGGAGGAGUUUGGGUGGGGAGUGAGGAGGAUGACUGUGUCGGGGGAUGAAAUGAGGAAGGUGGCAGAUGUGCAGGCUGAGGCAUUCCAUGUGCCUGUUUCAUUCUUCAAUGAUGUAUUUUUUGAGUUCUUCAAGGCUGAAGUGCUUUCUGCCCUUAUGUACAGAAUCAGAAAUUCGCCAUCAGACAGGUAUGCAUGUUUAGUUGCAGAGUCCAUCCGUGCACCUGUAUUGCUACCUGAAACUGUGGAGGGGAUUGCUGGAGUUGUAGAUUGUACUGUUCAGAGCGAUGAAGAUGUUCUUAGGCAUCUUCAAGGUGCAGAAGAGUACCUAUAUGUGUCUGGCAUUGCAGUGCGCUCUAAGUUUAGGGGUGUAAAUGAGUUGAGUCGAGCUCGAGUCAGGGUGUGUUCGAGCCGUGCUCGACUGUCAAAUACCAAACUUGAGCUCGAGCUCGACUCGGCAAGGGAAAAUGAGCUCAUUGAGUCGCAGUUCGAGCCUGUUAAUGAGCCACGCUGCUCUCGUCAAUGUCUGCGUCGUCCGUGUCUUCCCGCCGGCACAACCCCGCGUCCGAAUGAGCCUAGCGCUUGCGUCGUCCCCCUGCAUAAGUGCCUACUUUAUUUUCAUUUCUCCGCCAAAUGAGCCCCACGCCUGCUUCGUUUUCAUUUUCCCGCCGGCAUGAGACUCGUGGUUUCAUUUUCCCAUCGCAGUUACGCGAGCUGCUCGACGAGCUCGCGAGUCGAGCAGCGGGGUGUUUGAACUCGGGCUCGUUAAGCCGUCGAGCUCGAAAUUGUGUUCGAACUCAACUCACGAGCUUGAUAAGCUCGACUCGUCGAGCUUGUUAACGAGUCAAGCCCGAGCCGGCUUGACUCGGUUGCACCUCUAUCCUUAAAUACUUUUUGACUA